AUGCAAGCCUACAUUGAUAGCAUCUGCAGCCGCAAACCACCGUCCACGGCGCCACCGGUGCGGCCAACGAAGAAUGCGCUGCUGCUUCAGUCUCACAGCGAAGCAAAGAGGCGACAACGAGAUCAAGCUCAAGCAGACGGCACCAGCGCUUCGUUGAGGCACUCGUAUCCGCAACCGCGUGCGGGUGCUGCUAAAUGGGCUCUGAAAAAGGCUCCCCCGCUUGGGCCGCCACCCCGCCCUCUCGCGCGUCGUCCUCCGUCGCCAGCGGCGCAUGAUGAGCUCACUCGGACUCCCGCUGCUUCCUUCGUGGCGGCGGCGUCACCGUGGCACCCGCUUUUUACUUCUCCCUCGCCGUCGCCGUCGACUUCGCCGCAGCGGCAACAGAAGGGACGCCAUACAUCGGAGGCGGACGACACGGCUGGUACUCGAGAGACACACUGGCCCACGCUGAAUCAGCUGGUAGAGACUGACACGAGCGCGUCCGUCCCAGUAGCGGCACACAGUAGCCGGAGGUUGUACAAUGAGAACGUGGUGAAUGGAGAAGAUGAACGUCGAGAAGUGGACGCCAUGCACUCCUCGGCAACAGAGAGGAGCGGUGGUGCCGCGGUGUCGCCCGCUCGUCCGUGGAGGUCUGUAUGGGCUCUGUGGAAGCCCCCGUCACAUGAGGGGCACCUGGAUGUAGUUCAGAGCAGCGCGGCUUCGCCGUACCCGACUACUUCCCGCCCCCAGUAUCCUUUGUCGUCGUCAUGCGCACCUCUCGCCACCCACCCGAGCUCCGAAGUGGAGCUGCUGCACAAUCUACGUCUACCUGCAGUGCGUCCAUCGAUGACCACCGGUACGCCUAGUGGCAGCACUAUUGUGGCCAUUUCUGGUCAGUCCCCCACUUCCCCGCCGAGGGCAGUGGAUGUGAGCGAGGCUCCCCAAUGGCGUCACCCGGUCUUGGCACCUCAGCAGCAGCAGCAGCUGGCAGGAGUGGACAAGAGUCGCGUGGGCUACUACGUUAACGCUAAUUGCCCAGUUCAUGUUGAUGGCAUUGCCACCACAGAGCGCCGGCCAGCCUCUCCACCGUCUCGCCCGUCACUCCCGUCGCUUUUCUCCUCCGGGUUCUUUGACCGAGGGCCCGAGGCAGCCAUGCGUCGCCGUGCUGAGCGACAUUCCAAGGUGGCGCACCGUGCAGAGAACCUCCGUGCGCAGUCGUCUUCUACGGUGCAGAGCGCAGCCUCUUCGUCUACGAAGCAGUUGCAACCAGCGAGACAGCCGCGACCUGGCGCAGAUCAUCGCUGCCGUGAUGUGGACAACUGCAGUCUCCGUGACUUGCAAGAGGGUUUGUACACUCGACUACAGCGACGUCUGCACAACCUCGCCACCUCCUCCUCGGACAGCGCCUCGCCAAUGGACUCAAAGGCUACCUCGAGAAGCACUUUAUCAACCCUUCUGCUCACCGAUAUGGAUGCAGCGGUACGCCUCUGGCGUGAUGCACGGCUCGCGUUCCGGCAGCAGGCGAAACAUCGCAGCUGUAUACAUAAUGUGCAGCGCAGCGCCACAAGGAGGGGUCAAUUGCCCAGUGUGCAGGAGGACGAGGAGGAUGUAGUGAUGAACGGUGUUGUGCGUCGCAUCCUCGAGGAGCGGGCCGCCUCGCGUGCAUACCUGUUUGCGGGUGCCGCUGCUGCGAACCGCGAGGAGAGCACUCCAUGA